AUGCUGUGUGGGACUUCUCAGCUAUAUGCAGUAGGCAACAUGUCUUUGGCACUACUUUCUGUCCUCUGGCUCAUCAUUCAAACUCAAGCAAUAGCCAUAAAGCAAACACCUGAAUUAGAGCUCUAUGAAGUAGUUCGUCCUAAAAAACUACACAUUUUACACAAAAGGGAGAUACAGAACAAUCAGACAGAGAAUGGCAAAGAGGAAAGAUAUGAACCUGAACUUCAGUAUCAGAUUACAUUAAAUGGAGAAGAAGUUGUUCUUCACCUGCAAAAAAACAAACAUCUCCUGCGGCCAGACUACACUGAAAUAUAUUACUCACCCACAGGAGAGGAAAUCACUACAAGCCCUCAGGACAUGGAACAUUGCUACUAUAAUGGACACAUACUAAAUGAAAAGGAUUCUGUUGCCAGCAUUAGUACUUGUAAUGGGUUGAGGGGAUACUUCACACACCAUGACCAAAGAUAUAUGAUAAAGCCUCUGAAAAGCACAGACCAAGAAGAACAUGCUGUCCUCACAUAUAACCAGGAGGAGAUAGACCUGGCUAAUCGCACUUGUGGUGUAAGAAGUGUUGGCAGGAAACAAGGCCAUAUUCGAACUUCCAGGUCACUCAAUAGCCCAGAGCAAGAAGACUUUCUUCAGGCUGAGAAGUACAUUGAUCUCUUGUUGGUGCUGGAUAAUGCCUUUUAUAACAUGUAUAAGGGGAAUCUGACUUUGAUAAGAAGCUUUGUGUUUGAUGUGAUGAACCUACUCAAUGUGAUUUAUAAUACCAUAGAUGUUCGAGUGGCAUUGGUAGGUAUGGAAAUCUGGUCGGAUGAUGAUAAGAUCAAGGUGGUACCCAACACAGGUGACACCUUUCACAACUUUCUGGAUUGGCAUCGUUCUAACCUGGGGAAAAUGAGGAUGCAUGACCAUGCACAGCUACUCAGUGGAAAUGGCUUCAGCAAUGGACGUGUAGGAAUGGCAGCCUCGAACUCCUUGUGUUCCCCGGCUUCGGUUGCUGUUAUUGAGGCUAAGAAAAAGAAUAAUGUGGCUCUUGUAGGAGUGAUGUCACAUGAGUUGGGUCAUGUCCUUGGUAUGCCUGAUGUUCCAUAUUAUACCAAGUGUCCCUCAGGGAGUUGUGUGAUGAAUCAAUAUCUGAGUUCAAAAUUCCCAAAGGAUUUCAGUACAUCCUGCCGUUCACAUUUUAAGAAAUACAUUUUAUCUGAAAAACCAAAGUGUCUACUGCAAGCACCAAUUCCUAAAAAUAUAAUAACGAAACCAGUGUGUGGGAACCAACUUCUGGAGUUAGGAGAAGACUGUGAUUGUGGCUCUUCUAAGGAAUGUUCCAAUCCUUGCUGUGAGGCCAUGACCUGUAAAUUAAAAUCUGAAGCUGAUUGUAGAGGAGACACUCUGAACCAUAUCAUGUAA